AAGAAUGAUAUCAUUCUGUCAAAUUAUUCUAAACGACCAACUCACGCAAAACUUGUGCAAGUGGGCUUUUCUCGGUCCGUACGACAAUAAUAAACGCAAGAAGAAGUGCGGAUCGCCUUCCCCAUCGCUGUGCUGUGGCUGUUCCGUUCAUUGAUUUUGUGGCCGAAGAUUUGAGAUUGUUUGUUGCAGUGGUGUCGAGUGGCGAACGCGGAUAACACUGCACUUACGUGUACCACCUCCCAAGAUGACUACCACGCAGGGAUCGGGCUCGCUGGACAAUCUGCAUCUGGCACCGCUGCGUUCGCUGAGCGACUUCCUGCUGGAGUCGGCCCGCUUUCAGCUGCCCAACUUCCAGGACUGGGAAAAGUGGGGCAAGCGGGUGGUGAACAAUUUGCUCUACUACCAAACCAACUACUUCCUGAUGAGUGCGGCCGUCUUUCUGCUAGUUGGCCUGAUCCACCCGAUGAAGGUGCUGCUCGGGCUCACCAUCAUUGUGGCGCUCGUGUACGUGUUUGUACGAUUCUUCGCCCAGGACGCACGCCGCUCCGUCGGGGCCGACCCGAACCAGCAGCCGAACAAGUGGGCUGUGCUGACGGGCACUGUGGCCGGCAGCUAUCUGGUACUGUACCUGUUUGAUUCCGUACUCAUUGUAGCAUUUGCCAUACUGCUGCCUUUCUCGCUGACCUUCGUGCAUGCAUCGUUGCGGCUGAGAAAUAUUAAGAACAAAAUCACCAAUGCAGUGGAAAUUGUCGGCGUGAAGCAAUCUCCGAUGGGACAAUUCCUCGAAGCAAUGGGUUUGAUGCCAACGGCAUUCUAAACAUUAAAUACUUAUCCAGAGAGUGUUGGCGGUAGAAACGGUCUCGUCUCGUGCACGGGAGAGGACAUUUAUUUUGCUUUUUCUCGUGAGGCGAUAAUUCGAGUGUUUUUAUUACCAUUUCCGCCAUUAACAAAACUUUUGCAAAACGUUCAAUCAAGAAUGGCACUGAAUGAGCGAACAGAGGAGCGGUUGGUUGCUACGCAUAUUGAGAAUGCUUGGAUAAAACAAUACAUUACACGUCCCAAUGUGAAGCUGCUAGUCAAAACAAAACAAAAUGUAUCGACCGAUCAUAGUGUUUCUCUUUUGCUCUGAAUAAAAUAAGAUUAAAAUAA